AUGGCCAGCUCCGUGGACCACACAGCAAGUGCUGCUGUACAGCCCGAGGGAGCGAAUGACGGCUCUGGGUCCGACACCAUGGUGUCGUCGUUCGACCUCGAACCGAAUCCGUUCGAGCAGAGUUUCGCGUCCUCUAAGAAACCACACUCCCUCCGGCAAGCGAUGGCAGGUCCAGGAGGCCGUUCGGUCCCAGUGGUGGAGCCCAGUACUAGUUUGAAUGCCGAGACAUCGUCCUCAUUUCAUACGACGACGGUCAACAGUAACCACAAUGCUGAUAUCCAUAGUCGCGCGUCCUCUAUCGCAGCCUCAACAGGCCCCUCCAAUGUUGUGGUCACUGUUCCCAACGCUACCGUAGCGCCCACGAAUGGUGCCUCAACCGUGGAAAAGCCGUCUGACCCUUCGACGAGGCUGCCUCCUCUACUCUUGGCCAACCCAUCACAUUCCUCGACCUUACUUCCUAAGCAACACACGAAACCAUCCGACUCAACUCCGCCAGCACCUGUCCUUCCAAAUCCCAAUCAACAUCCACAUGCUUUGUUGCCUCCGGGGAACACCACUCCGAGCUUUUUCAUUAACUUGUCCAAAUCGGGACUCACUCCCAAUUCCUCUAGUCUUCGUACAGGUCUAACCCCCGGAAUUUUGUCGUCAGCGCAACAUCCGCAUUCACAUCUUCAAACACAUCCUCCGCCUCAUUCUCAAUCACAACAAGGCCAUCAUUCCAUUUUGCCGGCACACCCAUCUCCCAAUCUGCAUCCCCCGGCUCAUGUAGUGCCUCCACUUUCUCUUCCAAUGGGGCAGUUUACUCCGGGUUUCUCGUCUAUUCUAGGUUCUCUGCAUCAGCAGCAACCCACGUCACAAACUGGACCAAAUACGACCCACAAUCCACAACCUUGGGAUCCAGUCGCGAAUCAUACUCUCAACGCAUCCACCACGGUAAAUUCAUAUUCGUCAACCUCUUCAAACUCAACAAACACCAUACCACUGGAGGCAGGAAAGGAUUCCAGUACAACUGCUAAUUCGGUUACUGGGUCAUCGGGCUCGAAUUCUAGCUCUGCUUUGACAAAAGUUCCAAGUGCAAGCAGCACUCAUCAGACCGAUCUGGAUUCUCUAAAACCCUCCAGCUUCCAUCAUUCUGUUUCGAGUAACAGCUCUAAUGAACCACCAAGCAAGAAGCCCCGACUCAACCAAGGCUUUAUGAAGAGAUCUAAGGAAUUGAUUGAGCCUACUUAUUCAGGUUCUAGGGAUGACCAAGAACGCAAACGCAAAGAGUUUUUGGAGAGAAACAGAGUCGCGGCCUCAAAGUUUCGCAAACGCAAGAAAGAAUACAUUAAAAAGAUUGAAAGCGACCUAAAAUUCUACGAAACUGAGUACGACGAUUUAGGUCAAUGUAUGGAUAAGUUGUGCGGGAUCUCGAAACAAACAAUCAACUCGUCUUUAGUAGGAAUGUUAAAACAGGCACUAUUGCAACAUGAUAUGAACUCGUCCCUCACACUUUGCAAUCAUAUAGAGCAAACUCUUUUACAAACCCAGUAUGUGCAACGAGGGGGGCGGAAUCCUAGACAUGAAGAAGAAGAGAAGCGACGGUUGGAAAAUCCAGACGGUGAUAACUCAGAUUUCGGUUAUCCAAGAAGGUCGUCAAUGGCGGCAGCGUCAUCUGAUGGUUACCACCACAUGCAUUCUCAAUCUCAGCAAGAGCUUGAGUCAACAGGCAUGGCGGGCUCUCAUGUACAGCCCUCCGAUCAUGCUACUGGGACCAUUAACAACUUACCAUUGGUAAUUAAUGGUAAUACACUGCUGAGUCUGGAGGACAUUCAGGCAUCGUCUCAAUAUCAAAAGUCUAAUGAUAGUGCGACAAAUGGUUGCGCGGAUGGACAAACUUCCAUAAAAAGUCUGAAGGUUGAAGACGGCCUCUCCGAUAAUUUGCAUAACAACCCUGCCUCUAACUGA